AUGUAUUGGAGCAAACAUUCAGCACGGCUUGGAGCACCAUAUGCGGCACUGGUGGGAGCGCCCGGGGGUGCUCGUACAGCACCCGAGGAUGCUCGUACAGCACCCGAGGAUGCUCGUACAGCACCCGAGGAUGCUCGUAUAGCACAAGGGGGUGCUCUCGGAAGCAUGAUGAGCCCUGGAAUAGCUGAUUGUAUUCGGCUUCAACUUGAAGUUUCAAGUUUCGUUUCAAGUUCAAGCUUUCAAGCUGCACACCUAGCGAUCAUAUAUAAGAUGCCUUCAUCCUCCCCUCAGGGCACUCCAGAGCGCUCACAGAAGAAGCGAGAUAGCGAUCCAGACACCGACGAAUCAGAUAGCAAAAAACGCCGAAGGAAGGAAAGGAAGGAGAAGAAGAAGGAGAAGAAGAAGGAGAAGAAGGAGAAGAAGAAGGAGCAGAAGAAGAACGAGAAGUCCUCCCCUUCCUCGUCUCGCAAAGAGCAGAAAAGCCUCCAGCCUAUCCCAGAAGAGAUAGAAGAGACACCCCCGCCGCAGUCGUCGUCUUCCCGGAAGCAUCCCCGAGUGGUUUCAAGCUCCCGACAGCACUCGUCACCGCCCCCUCAGCACUCGUCACCGCCCACUCGGCACUCGAGACUCUUCCCAAAAGAGUGGGAAUCAGUGCAAUCUGAAGCCGAGUCCGACAGUGAAGUCUCCAGCACUUCCCAAGAAUUGGGCAGCUCGCCGCCACAACCGUCGGCCCCUGUCCGUAGAACCGUACUCCCAGUUCGUGCCCCUGCUCCAGAAGCAGUCGCCAGUGCUUCACAGAGCUCUCAAUCCCGACGUCGCCGUCGGCUACCAAUACCUAGUUCCCCUCCACCGGCAGAGCAGAGGCAAAGCCGCAGAGAUCGUGCCCCAGAAACUCCCCCUCAUGCCCCAGAAACUCCCCCACGUGCUCAGGUAGCAUACGCCAGUGCUCCAGAAGCAUCAUCCCCAAUCUCUCAAGCCCGAUACACCGGCAGAAUGACUGAGGCAAACAAAGCAAAGAUGGCUUUAGGUUUGAUCAACCUCCCUAAAUUGUACACUAACAUCCGCAACAGCCUCAAAGCGGAGAUGCAGAACACCGGUUGGGUCAACAAAACCGUUUCCGGAGCAGCAGCGUUCAAUGCUCUAUGCCUCCAUGUGUUGAACAUACGCCCUCUCAGUGGUUUCCUGCCUAUGUGGAACGGAGCCGAUUCUGCAACCCGCAGAGCACUCGCGGACGCUUUGAAGUGGCUCAUCGCUGAUGUUGGGCAGAAGGAAAAGCUAUCGAGGGGGCAGGGAAAUCGCGAGUAUAAAGAAGUUGCUGAUGAUAGCGAUGAUGAUGAGGAUGGUGGUCUGCCCGCCCAACGCUCUAAGAAGCGUAAACGAGACCCAGUGUCUGCAGAUCUCAAUAGACCUUCCAUAAUGGUUACGGUGGUAGACCCGGAUGCUCUAGGAGCAUUCUCCAGGGUUGCCCCGCCCCCUAUCUAUGACUGGAACCAUCGACGAAAUCAGAAUUCGUUCAUUGGAGUUCUGACCAAGAUAACGUUUCCAGAGCUCUGCAAUUUGAUCCUGAAGCACACCCCACCCGGCAGAGCAAUCAGGAGUAUCUGGGGAGCACUCGAUAACGUUCCACUGGCAUCCAAUCCUCCUGUUCGGCUGAUGGAGGUGCAGAUCACUGAUUCGGAAGAGGUCGAGGGUUGGUUGAAGAAUAGCGUUGGCAGGCCUCGGAGGAUACUGGCGGUACUCCACAGAGCGGGCGCGGGUGCUAAUUUGGGUGGUGCUGAAACACCGCCGCUGACACGAGCAUUCCCUCAUAUCGAGGAAGACGAUUACACCACGAUCGAUAUUCCAGCAGAGGACUCUGAUUACGAGGAGGGAAAUCACCGCAUAAAUGCUAAAGGACUGAGGGUAUAUUUGCCCAGAACUGAUGCCAGUAAUCAAAGGCUAAUCCAGACUCUUGUUAGACGUCGCGAUAGACAGCAGGAUGCUAUCGACGACUUAGACCCCAAAUACCUGAGGAAGUAUCCUCUGGGUGUAGGGGUUGCUGACGCAAACUUUGCACAGGGAGUAAUCUGGACGCCUGCCGGGAUAGCAGCCAAGAGAGCUGCUGACGCACUCGGGGCUGCUGCUGGAGGCGGUGGUGGUGGUGGUGGUGGUGGUGGCAAUCCUCCUCCGGGCGGUGGUGGUGGUGGUGGUGGUGGUGGUGGUGGUGGUAAUCCUCCUCCGGGCGGCGGUGGUGGUGGUGGUGGUGGUGGUAAUCCUCCUCCGGGCGGACCUCCUCCUCCUCCUCCUCCUCCUCCUACUCCUCCUCCUCCUCCGGGCGGACCUCCGGGCGGUGGUGGUGGUGGUGGUGGUGGUGGACCUUCUGGAGGCGGUGGUGGUGGUGGUGGUGGAGGUGGUGGGCCAGCUGGAGGCGGUGGAGGCGGUGGUGGUGGUGAUGGUGGUGGGCAUCAUUAG